GAGAGAGAGAGAGAGACAGAGACAGAGAGAGAUUGAUCUUUUUAAUAAAAGAAAGUUAAGAUAGAAACAAACACCGCCACCUUCCCUGCUUCCUUUAACACCCCUCUAUUUGUCGUUAACUCCAAACUUAUCUAUUUCUCUCUCUCUCUCGCGUUACUGCUAGCUCUCUUCUCCUGAAAAUUGAUGAAGCAAAUGGCAUAAAACCCUUUCAUCAAAACCCCGGCCUUUAGCACUUUCUUAAGUUUUCUCCUUUCUAGGUUCUCUCAAAAUGCUAGCUACACACUCUCCCCCUUUCGACAGAGACCACCAUUUCAGUGCCAGCAGCAGUGAAAUCUCACUGUCUGGCGAGAUUGGGGCUCAUAGGAACUCUUCUGUGUCAGAUUGCUUGUCAGAGGUGGAUUUGGAGAGUGGAGGUUUGGAUAUGGAGGUGCAUUUGGACAACAAGACUCAGAGAGAUUGUAGAAUUUGCCACCUGGGUUUGGAGACUAGGGAGCAAGAAUGUGGAGUUGCUAUUGAGUUGGGGUGUUCUUGUAAGGGUGAUUUGGGUGCUGCACACAAGAAAUGUGCAGAGACAUGGUUCAAGAUCAAGGGUAACACGACAUGUGAGAUAUGUGGUGCCACUGCACUUGGUGUUGCAGGCGAGCAGACAAAUGAGGCACAUAACGCUAGUGCGGCAGUCUUAUCAGCACCAGCAGUUCCUCUUAUCCUCGUGGAGACCCGAGCAUUUUGGCAUAGCCGCCGCCUUAUGAAUUUCUUGCUUGCCUGCAUGGUGAUGGCCUUUGUCAUUUCUUGGAUCUUUCACUUUAAAGUCCUCUCUUGAACCGGGAAGCAAGUCGUGGCCAUUUCUUGGCAUCAGGGAUGAGGCGUGAGUGUGACGCCCCUUCCAUCAAGUGCCUGUUUUUUAUGCUCUUCGUCCAUAUUCUAGCUUGUAGGAUGUGCCACAUCUGUGACUAACACUGCAAUUGUAACUGAUCCGGUGCUGCAGUGUAUUUGUUUCUGUAUUAUGCAUACACGUAAAUUACUGGCUUCGUUUACAUAUAAUUCCUGCCUGCUGUCAUUACUGGCUUCGUUUACAUAUAAUUCCUGCCUGCUGUCCUUCUCUUU